AUGCAAGCUCUGGGUAAUAAUACUACACAACCAAUAGGCAUAGUUCAUCAGCCACCAAGAGGUCGGGGUCAGGCCAGAGGCUGUAAUGGUUUGGGCCGUGGUCAGAGAAUACUGGCCAGAGGUGUUGGACAUACUAAGGUGAGGCAGCCUCCUCUAGUUUAUGCUGCUCGUCGUCGAGAAGAUGGAGAUGCUCCAAACGUCAUUACGGGUACGUUCUUUAUUUACAAUGUAUCAUAUACUGCACUGAUAAAUAUAGGAUCCACUCACUCCUAUAUAGCUUACACUGUAUCUAAAAAAUUGGGUAUACUGGUUGAUAGCACUACGAGUGAUGUCAUUGUACUGAGUCCGUUGGGGCAGUCAAUAAGGGUUAACAUACUGUUUAGAGAUGUUUCUUUAGAGGGUCCGGGAGCUAUCUUUUUGACUGAUCUGAUGGAACUGCCUUUUGGGGAAUUUGAUCUGAUACUGGGAACGAACUGGUUGGUUAAACACCGAGUGAGCUUAGAUUGUGCCACAAAAAGGGUUGUACUGAGAACUUCGGAGGACAGCGAGGUAGUCGUAAUUGAGGAGCAUCGAAAUUACUUAUCAAAUGUGAUUUCUGCAUUGAGGGCCAAAAAGUUGGUUCGUAAGAUAUGUGAGGCGUAUCUAGCUUACAUCAAUGUUUCAGAUUCUGGGGAUUCUUUAGUUAAGGAUAUCAGGAUUGUUAAGGAGUUUUUGGAUAUUUUUCUUGAAGAGCUACCUGGGUUACCUCUAAAUCUUGAAGUAGAGUUUCGGAUUGAGCUCCUUCCUGGUACAACUCUGGUGUCCAUUGCCCCUUAUAGAAUGUCACUGAAAGAGCUUGGGGAGCUUAAGGCCCAGAUUCAAGUGCUACUGGACCGUGGGUUCAUCCUCCCUAGUGUGUCUCCAUGGGGAGCACCGAUUCUAGUCGAUCCUCGAAAGAUUGAGGCUGUCUUGGAUUGGAAGCAGCCUAAGACUGGUAUGCCGUUUAACUGGACUGAUGCGCAGCAAGAGAGCUUUGAGAAGCUCAAGACUGUAUUGACUAAGGCCCUUAUUCUAAUACAACCAGAGUCUAGAAAAGAGUUUACUGUGUACAGCGAUUCGUCACAUAUUAAGGGUAAACAGAUAGAGGAUGAGUCAUUGGGUCUUCGUUGCCGACAGGUUGAGAUUGUGAAUAUCGAGGAUUUUGGACUGAAUAGCGAAGGGGUGCUCUAUUUCCGUAGGAGAAUCUGUGUUUCGAAAGAUACUGAAUUGAGUUGGGAGGAUUACUUGCCGCUAGCAGAGUUUGCUUAUAACAAUAGUUAUCAGUCUAGCAUUCAGAUGGCACCUUACGAGGCUUUAUAUGGUCAUAGGUGUCGCACACCUUCACGUUGGACUGAGUUGGGUGAGUUGCAUGUUCUGGGCCCUGAAUUAGUUUCUGAUACUGAAGAUAAACGAGUGGGACCAGUUGCUUACAAUUUGGAGUUACCUCUAGAAUUGGAUCAGAUUUAUGAUGUAUUCCAUGUCUCAAUGUUGAGGCACUACCGCUCUGAUCCCACACAUAUUGUUCCUAUUGAGGAGAUCGAGGCUAGGCCAGAUCUGACCUUUGAGGAAGAGCCAGUUCAGGUAUUGGAGCGAGAUGUAAAGGUUCUAAGAAGAAAUUCCAUCCCACUGGUAAAGGUUCUUUGGCGUAAUCAUAGCUCUGAGGAUGCGAUGCGACAACAGUAUCCUCAUCUGUUCUGA